UCAUUGGUGCUAAAGAUCUGGCAACCCUGCUCACAGCCAAAAUACACGCAUCAGGUUCACUGGUUACGAGGGCGGUUUUUUUUUCCUUGCUGCUAAACCAGGGUCCAGCGCCAAUAUCCGUUCUCACAAUGGCAAAAAUAUGCACGAUAUCUGACGAGUCUGACACAUCGGGUGAUCAAGAAGACACCGAGCACAUAGAGGCGUCUCAUUCUGGCCACCAUCUAGCUGUUCAACAGACAUCCCGAGGAGAGCAAAUGGCAAGAAGUAGGAAUUUCUCUAUAAAUGAAGAGGACUUCCAGGAAGCUACUGAUGGGAAAUUCGGAGCUGCUGCUGGAGAAGGAGACUCUUUCCGACGUCGGACUCGCUCAGCACCUCCGGCUUUCUGGGCUGCCAAGAAAUAUGGCAGAGAGCUGAGGAAGAUGAGCGAUGAGUUUGACACCUUACUUGACAAAGGGAUGAAGAGGGUGAGGAGCGCAGGCACAGCCGGUCAGAUGCGCACCUCUUCCAGCUGGUUCAACUUCCUCUGGAGCCACCCAGAGUCAGAAACCGAGACCAUGAACAGCCUGACAGCACAAAACACCCGUCCAGCAGAAUGACAGAUCAGUAGAACACACGACGAGAGAGAGAGAGCGCUCCGGUUACGCCAUAUAUAAAGGAUGAAGAGGAAGCUAUCUGAGCCCGGAGGUUAAGGACUGAUGUGCCGCUUUCAUGGACUGGUUUAAAACCUUCCUCAGUUAGAGGAUAUCAGGACCCUAGACCAUAGAUCUUAGUCUCCAAUAUUACCCGAGAAAAAUACAAACGAUUUUUUUUUCCUGGCUCUGGGAUCCAGUACUGUGGGGAAACUAUGCAAGCUGAUUUGUGAGAAUGACCAGUUUGUGUGACAUUUAGUCAGGACUACUGAAGUAUGAAGAAGGAUGCAAUCACUGCCGUCUUUCAGGGCUGUAGGAAAGGUUUAGAAUGGGUUAAUGAACUCUACACACACAAAAAAAUCAUCAUGUAUUUCAUUUACUUUUUUAACAUUACUUUUAUUACCCCUUUCAAUUCAUACAGCCUUCUAUGAAAGAUUUAGAUGAGUAAAAGUAAUAAUUCAAUAAUUCAAUCAAUCACGAUUAAUUUUUACAAUAAAACAACUGAUCUUUUUAUCCUUUUUUAUCUCUUUAGCGUUAUAAAAGGUGGGUGAAAAGAACUUUGAACAUUUUAUAUAUGUUGUUACAUUCUUCUGCAAUCUAUAUAUUCCUGGAACGUUCUGGACCCUGAGAGCAAUAAAGACCAGUGGGAUUGUUAAAGGACGGAAGAGAUACUAACAGGGCCUUACUUCCACUGAUAUGAUUUGCAAUACUUGAUUUUAAUUUUUUUUUUUUUAAAUACCCUGCUUACAUUUUAGAACCAGUACAAUGUGAAAAUUAAAUCUGAUUUUAUUAAAGAAACCACUGCAA